AUGACUGAAAGUGAACUUAACAGAUUUGACGAAGCCACGAAAGCACGUCUGGUUGAUCGUGAGAAGAUUGACGAAUUGCUGGUGCAAUUGUCGAAUAUCGAAGCAGAAAUCAAUCUACUGAGAAGACGAAUAGCGUUGUUGGAAGAGGAGUUGAUGAGAAUCAAGAAGGAGAACCAGCGUUUGGUGGGAGAGUUGCAACGUGCCAGAACCGACUUGGAUCAAGAGACUCUGAAUCGAAUUGAUUAUCAAAAUCAAGUGCAAACACUUCAAGAGGAGAUCGAUUUCAUCAGGAGAGUGCAAGAUCAAGAGAUACGCGAGCUGCAGGCCAUGGCUGCGCGCGAUACCACUUCUGAAAACAGAGAAUUCUUCAAAAAUGAACUCUCAUCUGCUAUCCGAGAUAUCCGCAGUGAAUACGAUCAGGUGCAAUCCUUUCACCCCGAGAAUAUCUAA